CUGAUUCAUUACAAUCUAUCCCUGCUAUGGAGGUUGAUACUGAUAGAAUGAAAAUGCUGCGUAGAGGUGUAAUUUCUGCUGCAUGCAACUUUCUGAGUGAAUAUGGUGCUGAUGACUCUUCUGAUUUCUCAAAUGUUAUCGAGGACAUAUACAAGCUUGUCAUGAAAUUUCAGAAACGUCGCCAUCCCAAUUCUGCUGCAACCAAUUUAUUUGUCAUUGGUGACCCAGCUGUUGUCAAAACAAAGGGCGCUCCACGGAAGAAGAAGUAUAAGAAGACGAAAAGGCUAUGCUCUAAUUGCAGAAAGGGUGGCCACACAAUCAGGACAUGUCCUACAUUAUUUGAGGGUAAUGAAGUUGGAGAAAGUUUUGCAGAUGCUGAAGAAGAUGAAGAUUCAUCUGUUGAAAUUGAUGGUGAUAACACUGCUGAUACUCCCGUGCCAUCAUUAGGAGGAGAUAAUGGAGGGCCCAGUUCAAUGAGUACAGUCAAAGCCAAAAGAAAGGUGGGAGAUAGAAGAACCCAAAAGGAUGUUAAACGCAACACUGGAAGUUCCCAAGCUAUGGUGUCACCAACUAUUGAGCAACCUCAAGCUGAUAUUGAAGCCCCUCCAAUGAGUUUCCCAAGUGGGUUCAAUUUGUUUCCCCAAUUCCCUGCGAGCCAGAUUUUACAAUCUUUCCAUCCUUUUGCUUCAUACCAGCAAUCGCCUUAUGGCACUCAGUAGAAGACU